AAGUUUUUAACCAGUCAGAGCCAUUCAUUCGUUGCAGCUCUCCGGGCUUACUGACAGCAGGAAGAAUCUCUUAUUUGUGAGGUACUCGCUCUCCCCCCCUUCCCCUCCCAUCAUGGCUGCAGACUUGAUGGAGAUUGACGACUCUCUUUACAGCCGGCAGCGAUAUGUGCUCGGAGACAGUGCUAUGCACCAGAUGGCCCAGUCCUCAGUCUUUCUCAGUGGAAUGGGAGGACUGGGAGUAGAGAUAGCAAAGAAUAUUGUUCUGGCUGGGAUAAAGGCAGUCACCCUUCAUGACACAAAGCAGUGUGAGACCUGGGAUCUAGGCUCCAACUUCUUUAUCCACAAAGAGGAUGUUUUGAGCCAGAGGAUGAGGGUGGAGGCAGUGUGCCCUCGGGUUGCAGAGCUGAACCCUUAUGUCCAUGUUGAUGUGUCUUCCUCUGCUCUUGACGACAACACUGAUCUUAGUUUUCUAAGAAAGUACCAGUGUGUGAUUUUGACUGAGGCCAGAUUGAGUCUACAAAAGAGAGUAAAUGAGUUCUGCCACUCACAACAACCUCCCAUCAGAUUCAUCAGCUGUGAUGCAUAUGGUAUCUGUGCACAAGUGUUUUGUGACUUUGGGGAAGAGUUUGAGGUGUCCGAUCCCACAGGAGAGGAGCCCAAGGAGGUUUUCAUUCAAAGUAUCACUCAGGAUGAUCCUGGGGUGGUAAACUGCUUGGACAACCAACCCCACGGCCUACAGACAGGUCAGAGUGUUGUUUUCAGAGAGAUCAGUGGCAUGGUGGAGCUCAACGGCACUUCACGACAGAUUUCAGUCCUUUCCUCUCACAGCUUUGCAAUAGGAGACACAUCUCAACUACAACCAUAUGCACAUGGAGGUUUCUUUGUCAUGGUGAAAACCCCUAAGACAUUCAGAUUUGAAACAUUAGAGCGACAGCUGUGUGAUCCUCAGGUCCUGACUCCAGACUUCAGUAAACCAGAGGCCCCACUUCAGAUCCAUGCAGCCAUGUUGGCACUGGACACUUUCCAGGAGCAGCACAGUAGACUCCCCAACAUUGGGUGUUUACAGGAUGCUGAGGUUUUACUAAAGCUGACUGAGGAAGUGAAUGCAACUCUCAAGAGCAAACCUCUUGUGAAUACUGAAUUGGUGCACUGCCUGUCAAGGACAGCAAGGGGUACUCUUCCCCCAUUAGCAGCAGCUGUAGGAGGUCUAGCCAGUCAGGAAGUUCUUAAGGCUGUCACAGGGAAGUUUGCACCCCUGCAGCAAUGGUUUUAUCUUGAUGCUAUUGAGGUAUUCAAGCCACUUCAGUCUCUUUCUGCUGAGGAGUUUUGCCCUAGGGGCGAUCGAUAUGAUGGAUUAAGAGCUUGCAUCGGUGACUCAUUGUGUCAACAACUACACAAGCUAAGAGUCUUUAUGGUUGGCUGUGGAGCCAUAGGCUGUGAGAUGCUGAAAAACUUUGCCUUGCUUGGGGUUGGACUGGCCAAGAGCUCAGGGGAGGUGUGCAUCACUGACCCAGACCUCAUAGAAAAGUCUAACCUCAACAGACAGUUUCUCUUCAGGCCGCAUCACAUACAGAAACCGAAAAGUACCACAGCAGCAGAAGCUACUCGUGAUAUUAAUCCUGACCUACAGGUGGAAGCUCACCUCAAUAAGGUGUGUCCUGCUACUGAGAGCAUCUACAGUGACUCCUUCUACUCCUCCUUGAACCUAGUGGUCACUGCGCUGGACAAUGUGGAGGCACGAAGAUAUGUGGACAGCCGCUGUGUAUCCAAUCAGAGACCUCUCCUGGAUUCCGGCACCAUGGGAACUAAAGGACAUACUGAAAUCAUUGUGCCAAACUUGACAGAGUCUUACAAUAGCCAUAGGGACCCCCCAGAAGAGGAGAUCCCAUUUUGCACUCUCAAGUCUUUCCCUUCUGUCAUAGAGCACACCAUCCAAUGGGCCAGAGAUAAGUUUGAGAGUGCCUUUGUCCACAAGCCCUCCAUGUACAACUCGUUCUGGCAGACCCAUUCCUCGGCUGAAGUAGUGCUGCAGAGGAUGCAGGCAGGGGAAAGUCUGGAGGGGUCAUUCCAGGUCAUUAAGCUGCUGAGCAGACAGCCUACUCGGUGGGAACAGUGCGUCACUUUUGCCCGUCUGAAAUUUGAGAAAUAUUUCAAGAGAAAGGCCCUACAACUGCUGCACUCUUUCCCCCUGGAUACAAGGUUAAAAGAUGGAAGUUUGUUUUGGCAGUCUCCAAAAAGACCUCCAACUCCUAUUGAAUUUGACUUGAAAGACUAUUUGCACUUUGCUUUCAUUGUGAGCACUGCCCGGCUCUUCGCAGGGAUUUACAAUAUCCCUUACUCAGAAAGGGAUCUUUCUGAAGAGACAAUUACCAGGAUUCUUGCAGAUGUUGAGAUUCCCAAAUACAGGCCCUCGGAGAAAUGCAUAGAAACAGAUGAGACGGCAAAGAAACCUGAUCAGAUGAAGAUGCCUCUAAGCAGUGAAGAGGAGAGGGAGGCAAUCUUUCAGCUGGAGCAUGCCAUUGCUACUGACAGGGUUACGCCAGAACGGUUACGGAUGAGUCCACUUCAGUUUGAAAAGGACAAUGACAGCAACGGCCACAUGGACUUUAUUGCAUCAGCAUCCUCUCUCAGGGCCAAGAUGUACUCCAUCGAGCCAGCUGACAGAUUUAAGACCAAACGUAUCGCCGGGAAGAUCAUCCCCGCUAUUGCCACGGCAACAGCUGCAGUAGCUGGAUUGGUGGCCCUGGAGUUGAUCAAGGUGGUUGGAGGCUUUGGGUUUGAAUCCCACAAAAACUGCUUCUUUAACUUGGCCAUUCCUGUAGUUGUCCUCACUGAGCCUGCUGCAGUCAAACGGACGCUCAUCAGGAACAACAUAUACUACUCGAUCUGGGACUGUUGGACUAUUUUCGGCCAUGAGGACUUCACUCUUUCUGACUUUAUGAAUGCUGUGAGGGAAAAGUAUGGAAUUGAACCCACUAUGGUCGUCCACGGUGUAAAGAUGCUCUAUGUGCCUGUGAUGCCUGGACACUCGAAGAGGCUCAAACUGACGAUGCAGAAGCUAAUUAAGCCAUCAGUGGAGCGCCGCUAUGUAGACCUAACUGUAUCAUUUGCUCCAGAGGCGGACGGAGAUGAAGACCUCCCUGGUCCUCCUGUCAGGUACUACUUCAGCCCUGAUGGCGAGACUCCCUGACACCUUCCUUGAGCCUCUUGUGUCCUUAUUUCCCUUCUUUAAUAUAAAUUGUUACACCCGAAUUGCUUAGGCAAGGGCCAAGAGUUUUCCCUCAGGAUGUUACCUGACAAGGUCAAAGCUCCUUGCCCCAGCACGAACCCCCUCUUGUACUUCAUGGAGCAAGAAAGGCCAGUUGUGGUCCCAGUUUUUUGUUUUUUGUUUUUUUUUCCUCUUGCCCAAGAUCUAGCCAGUGGAACACAAGGAGUAGCACUUAUAAUUGUACCCCUGUGUGUGUGUGUGUGCGCGCGCGCGCGUGUGUGUAUAUACUUUCUCUGUUCUGUUUUUUAUGCUGGUGAAAUGCACAGCUCUGGCUGUGUCGAUGCCUUAAUUGAUUAACCUUUUUCCGUUUGUGGCAGUGAGUCUGACUAAAAUUUGUGUUUACAGAAACCUGCAAACUCCCAACACACAGACCCAUUUAGUUUUCGUUUCUUUGUGUUUUGUUUUUUGUGAGUUAAACUGUUGGCGCAAUAAAGAUAACUGAUAAACAGUUGGUAGGCAUCACAUCAUCUUCUUAGAAUUAUUUAACAAUAUUGCCAACUGCAGAAUUUGCCAGUUAUUUUCUGUCUCCCUCUAUAGAAAAAAUUCGAUAUUUGUUGUAUAAUUUUAAGGUGUGACAAGUUCGUGGAAAGUGGCAAAACCACCAAAGAUAGUGAUUAUCAUUUUGUCUGCAGAUUGUUUUGUUUUGUUUUUUUCCAUCACUUUGACUGCCUCAUUAUAACAUGUUUAUAUCACAGGGCAUGGAUAUCACCCAACAUUUAAGAGCAACACACACCAGCUGUGCUUUACUACAGGUUAAGCAGCAUUUUUAUUGAAUCGCUCUGCGGUCGUUUGGGUGUAAAAUGACAGUCAGUGUGUGGGGUGCAUUCAACAAAAUGGGUAAAAAAAAACAAAAAAUUGUAGCUGUUAGUCUUACCUACCUUAAUAAAUACUUAGGUAACGACUGCACUGAUAUUAGUUUGGACAAACAGUAUGUUCUUCAUUAGCACAAUGCAAGUACUGACAACAAGUUCAGUGACUGUUCUACACAUAGAAAAGCCUUAUUUUGACAGACAUUAAACAUAUGUACUAACAUCUGGGGUCCCACUCCUGUGUUAAAACACAUUUGUUUUAAAAGAAAAUCUUUGCUGUUCAAGAUUUGUUGUAUUUGUUCAUGGAUGUCUGUGACAUGUAUUUAUUUACUUUUGUUUGGGGUUUUUUUGGUCAGACUGAGCCUGUAUUGAUGAGCUCUGAGUAAUGCACUGGUUAAAUAAUCAAUAAUAAACAAUAGUCAUCCAGAAAGUGUCUCUCUGGGCUUAUGAUUUGCCCCUUUGUUAAGUUCCACUUAAA